UUUUUUUUAAUUGUCUUGUGACAUUUGAGCCUUUCCAGCAGAGUUGGAGGCGCUCUAAGAAAACAGAAGUCAACUUCAGACCGGAGGACUAAUGAAUUUAGUUGCCUCAGAAACCACAGAGGCAUUUUUCCAGGAGAAAGAGGGAGUGUGUUGUCUUUCUCAGACCGCUCUGGUUUGAAUAUAACGCCUGCAGCCAGUGUCAGCAUUCUUAUGGAUUUUUUUUUUGCAUCACUUUUGGAUCACAGAUCAGUUUUUGGUUCCAUCCCCCCCGUAUACGACACAUUUGAUUUCUUCUCCAAAGUUUCUGAGUGGAUGAACAUUUGUGGGGCUCAUUCCCCCACUCCCCCCCCUUGCCUCGCGGCCCUCCUCAUCAGUGUCACCUCUGCCUCAACAAGUCAAUAGUGAGUCUGGACUAGAGCUGGCCCAGAUCAGCAGAUAACACUUCAGCAUUGCACGGAAACUGGUUGGACAAGUUUAGAAGUUGGAGCAGAGGGCAGGGUAGUUUAACCCUGCCUGAAGGAGAACUCUGUUUUAUUUUCCUCCCACUUGUCCUUUUGGAAGAAAGCAGUCACGCACAGAGAGUCACAGUGGCUGUUUGCUUCUUUGCUACUAUGCUGAAGGAAAGCUGAGUUUGUUCUUCUCAGAGGAGGAAAGUCUGUGAAUGGAAGGGAGAAACCAGAGUGGGAGAUUAAGUGUAAUUUAUUGUUUCCUGGGCUAGAGCAAGCUGCGCCUUUUUUUUUUCUUCUCCCGCCUGAACUCUGAACCACUCAAUGUGUGUGUAAAGUUUUCUCAGGAGCCAUUGAUUGGAGGUCAGGGCGGCAUACACGAGGGUGAAAGGCAAGAACAGAGGGAGCGGCCAGAUUACAGAGGACCAGAGUGCGCCGGGAAGGAUCGCCGGGUCAAUCCAAACAGACGACAAGGAGGGAAAGGUCAUCGCAGAGACAACUUUUCAUCCUUUUGCCUCAAAUCUACCUUCAAGAUCAACGCAUCGUCACGCGGGUUCACAUUUUUGACUGGGAACGUAGUUUAAAGCCAGGGCGGGUCAGUGUAUGAUCCACUCACGGGGCAGCAGGACUCUGAGAAUAUGGCCAUGGUAAGCGGGGGAUGGGGCAACCCCAACGGAGGACUGGAGGAGAAGGUCUACCUGCGCAGGGAAGAGGAGGAGGGCUCGCCCCACGCCGGAAGCAGCGAUGUGGACAUCGCCGACGAGGACAAGGCCUGCGUGCUGGACUGUGUGGUGUGCGGCGACAAGUCCAGCGGGAAGCAUUACGGCGUGUUCACAUGCGAGGGCUGCAAGAGCUUCUUCAAAAGGAGCAUCCGACGCAACCUCAACUACUCCUGCAGAUCAAACCGGGAAUGCCAAAUCGACCAGCACCAUCGCAACCAGUGCCAGUUCUGUCGACUGAAGAAAUGUUUCCGUGUUGGCAUGCGCAAAGAAGCUGUCCAGAGGGGUCGCAUCCCACCUUCCCACACAGGUAUCAGUCCCAACUCCCAACGAGCUGGCGGAGUCGGAGGCGUGUUACCCGGUCAUCUUGGGGCAGAUUACUUCAACGGCCAGCCGGUAUCGGAACUCAUCUCCCAGCUGCUUCGGGCUGAGCCGUACCCCCACAGCCGCUACGGGACCCAGUACGGCCAAGCGCAGAUGGGGGCUUCUGCGAGCGGAGCCCCAGUCAUGGGCAUCGACAGCAUCUGCGAGCUAGCUGCCCGGCUCCUCUUCAGCACCAUCGAGUGGGCCAGAAACAUCCCGUACUUUCCAGAGCUUCCAGUUUCAGAGCAGGUAGCACUGCUGAGACUAAGCUGGAGCGAACUUUUCAUUCUCAACGCAGCCCAGUCUGCUUUGCCACUACACAUGGCCCCCCUGCUAGCAGCGGCUGGCUUCCACUCGUCCCCUAUGUCUGCCGAACGAGUGGUGUCCUUCAUGGACCAGGUCAGAGUCUUCCAGGACCAAGUGGACAAGCUCAACAGACUGCAAGUGGACACGGCGGAAUACAGUUGCCUGAAAGCCAUUGCUCUCUUUUCACCUGAUGCAUGCGGUUUGACCGAUCCAGCCCACGUGGAGUCCCUGCAGGAGAAGGCCCAGGUGGCCCUGACUGAGUACGAGAGGUUGCAGUACCCCAAUCAGCCUCAGCGCUUCGGCCGCUUGCUCCUGCGCCUGCCGGCUCUUCGCGCCGUGCCGGCUAACCUCAUCUCUCAGCUCUUCUUCAUGCGCCUGGUUGGCAAGACCCCUAUCGAGACUCUGAUCCGAGACAUGCAGUUGUCAGGGAGCUCCAUCAGCUGGCCCUACGCCCCGGGACAGUAGGGAACCUGCGGACACGCUGAGAGCAAACGGGAGGAUACAGAGAACAUGAACAAAUGCAGGAUAUUAGGUCAAUUUAUUUGCAGCACUUGCGCGCUUAUAGGCUCUGGUCUUCAUCUGAUAUGUCCUUGUCUCAUUCUGGACUGCAAAAAUUAAAAUGCAGAGUUAGGCCAUGAGCACAUAACUACCUCCUCCCACAUCAUCCUUAAUGUGACUGAGCUCGAUCCAAGUGUGUGCGUGUGUGUGCGUGCGUGUGCUUGUGUGCGUGUGUGUGUGUGUGUGUGUGUGUGUGUGUGUGUGUGUGUGUGUGUGUGUGUGUGUGUGCGUGCGCGCGCGUGUGUGUGUACGCGCGCACACACACACGCGCACACAUUGUCUGCUUCGUCCAAAUGAAGCCACAGCAUCACCACAUCAUCAACUUGAGUGGGUCGCUUCAGGUCUCUUCAGACUGUAUCAAAGUUGUUACCAAAUGUAUUGUAUCAUGUUGUUAGAGCCCGUCUAUGGGAAACCGCUUGACCAUUUAUUCGAUGUCCACCUAAAAGUACUGUAAUGCUCUUUGUCGUCACUUCAGCGCACUAAAGUAACAACUGUUUUUGAACAACUAAAUGCCACGAGCGAGGCAAGCAAAACUGUGCACUCGUUGACAGCUGUGUGUUAAUAGUAUGACUAGUGACGUUAUAAAAUCCUAUUAGUAACAUCUACCGUAGUGCUAAUGGCGCGUAGAUGUCAAUUUGUGGGCAUAUUUUUGCCCCAUUAGUUUUAUGUAGAUGUUCUACAAAUAUGCCAAAGUCGUCCGCCUAAACAUGAUCACUAAGACACAAUUGUUCUACGAGUGUGGACAAAGAACUUACUAGUAUGUGGACCUUAGGCUACAUGUCAAGAAUAUCAAAUAAAUGCUCAAAAUUAACGGCAGUUCCGUUGUGUAUCAAACAAUAUUUGCUCCUCAAAUAUUGUUCCAAUUCACUGUCUGAAGUUGCCCACCCCCUUUUAUUCAGGAUUUGCUGCCCCCAAGUGGCCGAAAUGUAAAUACUUUUUUUGCACACACAAAUAAGAGUGGUUUUAAUAUACAGUAUGUAGGAAAUGGCACGCUGAUUAGGUGAGGCAGUUUAUAAAAAAAAAAAAAAGAAAACAUUCUAUUGCUCCCCAGAUUGUCAUAUCCAUUAUUACCUCAUGUUUUACUCUCUCAAAGAUUGUACAGUGAACCAUGAAUGCGCUACAAGAGUAAAUUUACAGGGAUCAAUGUCCAUCUUCACAAGAAUGUAUUAGUCAGUCAUUUUCCCCCAAAGACAGUCAAGUGCUUUGAUUUGUGGACACAUUGUCUUUUGAAAUGUAAUUUCAGAAGGCAUUCAAAAUUGUGUAGCUCAUAAAAGAAAGGUGCAAACCACCCUUAUGUUUCUUUUGUCUAAAAGGUACCAGUAGUUCAUUUAGAUUUUGAUGUAAUCCAGUGUCAUAAAGCAAACAUGGCCUUACAAAAGGUACAAAAGGUACUGUAGAGAAUGAUAGCUUCGAUAACGCAAGGCACUUGUCGGUACUAAAAUGUUCCCAUAUUGUGAACAUCGCAAACGGUGACUCAAAGUGAUGCAUGAACAUAAUGCAAACAGAUUGUUUUCUCUGACUUUUUGUAUUAUCUGUCAAAUUGUCAAAAGACCACAACUUCCUCAAAAGGUCAAAACGUUCUUCACUUUAUCUUUUUUUUUGUCAUAAUUAAAACUAUUGUGAUUUCACUGCGCUCUUUACAUUACGCUUAAAUGAUGACUUGUAUUUCUUUGACCUUGCAGAAUUAAAACUAAAUGCAGAUAAAAU